AUGCUACGAAGUCGUAUGAAACGCCGCUACUUCUUCGUCGACUGGUUAUGGCAUAAAAUGGCUUUUCUCAAACGCAAGAAGGUCAAGUUUAGUGUUGAUUUGCAGGUGUGUAAUCUCAGUGAUGUGCCCCUCGUGAAUGCUGUUCUAUUUGCUAAAAUUCGAUUGUUGGAUGGUGGGACCUUCGAUGACUGUACAGAGCGUGUGGAAGUGUUCCGCAACAGCUGUUCGUGGUCGCAUCGUUCGAACUUUUGCUGUCGAAUAACAUCUGAUCCAACUUCGGGCAUGCUAGAACGAUGUUUAUGCAGAAUAUCAAUACGAAAGGAGCAAAAAGGCGGCAAGUCGUUUGUGAAGCUUGGUUUUGUCGACAUAAACCUUUCCGAAUUUGCCGGAAGCGGUGUCGAAGGUAAAGCGAUUUUUAUAGAAUGA